CUCCAUCUGAUAUUUUUACAAAUGGUGCUAACUACUGGGCCCCGUCUGCAGUUUAUGAAAAGAGCCUUUAGAGCAGUGCACAAUAGAAGCGCACAAGGGCGGACUGACAACUCAUGGGGCCCCCGGGCAAUAGGGGAUCAUGGGGCCCCUGUGUCUCUGCCCAAACUCAAAAAAGCCUAUGAAAAAGGUACCAGGGACAUCUCAUGGGGCCCCCUACUGACCCCGGGCCCUUGGGCAGGGCCAGAGUUUCCAAAUGGUCAGUCCGCCCCU